AUGGACCCAGCCAAAGAAAAGCCCUCCGCAAUGGCAGCCUCCGACCCCAUCCCGGAGAAGCACGCCAAUGCCAAUGCCAUCGAACAGAACAGCAUACACCCCCAGCCAACAUCCGACCCCCUCGACCCGCUCAACUGGUCCCGGCUGCAGAAGCACACGAUCCUGGGCAUCGUCAUGUUCAAGUACUUCCUCUUCACCUACCUCACAACAACAACCGUGCCCUCCUUCCCAGCCCUGCAAGCCCAAUUCGCCAUCUCCUACAGCGAGGUCAACUGGACCGUCGCGAUCCCAGCACUGGGCCUCGCUCUCGGCCCGCUCUUCUGGUCUGGGCUCAGCGACAUCUACGGACGCCGGAUCGUGUUCAUCGUCGGCACGCUGAUUGCACUCGCGUCGACGAUUGGGGCUGCUGCUGCCCAUAGUUAUGACGGGUACAUGGCUGCGCGGUUCUUCCAGGGGUUUGGGGUCAGUCCGGGGAGUAGUGUGGGGAUGGCUGUUGUCAACGACCUGUUCUUUGACUACGAGCGCGGCCGCAAACUAGGGCUCUGGGUGCUGGCCAUUGAUGCCGGUUUGCUGGUCGGGCCGAUCUUCGGCGGCUUCCUCAACCUCGUCUCGGCCGCCUGGAUCAACUGGUUCAACGCGAUCCUGUUCGGCGCCCUCCUGCUGUUCGAGCUAUUCCUCAUGCCCGAGACGCUGUACCCGCGCGCGGCCAUGCUGAAGAGGAUGCCUGCCGCAAGCACCACCACGAGCACAGCUGACAUCGAACAACCCCCCUCAACGCCCUCAUCCCCAGAGAAAGUCGACAUCCCCCGCACCAAAUCCCUCCCCUUCCUCAACAUCCGCCCCCUCCCCUCCCUCCCCUAUACACCAAUCUACACCGUCCCCCUCCGCGUCCUCGCCCUCUUCAAAACCCCCACCAUCCCCCUCGCCGUCCUCGGCUACUCCUUCCUGUGGUACUGGUGGGUGCUAUCCAUCAUCACCGUGAUCCCAUCCGCAUAUCCGGGUUAUUCGCCGCUAAUCCAAGGCCUGCUGUUCGUCGGCCUGUUGCUGGGGACGGUGCUCUCCGAGGCCUUCGCUUCGGGGUCUGUCAGCGAUGUCCUGGUUACCAAGCUGGCGAGGCGCAAUGGGGGCGUAAGGGUUGCCGAGAUGAGGAUUUGGGGCGCGUAUCCGGCGAUCGGGCUUACGGCUGCCCUUGGAGAUAAUCUGGACGUGGCUAACGGUGCCGUGCCGUGGAAGUCGGCCUCGUCCUCUUCGGCGUCAGCGUCGAGAGAUCGUACCACUGGGUGGUUGGGCAGGUUGCGUUUUUCCUGUAGUGAUAUGCAGUCGCAGCCGGAAUCCAAAUCGGCAACACCGUGA